CACCGGAAAAGUGAAAAAUCUUGCUGUCAAAAAAACAUCUGAUUCUGUCAUUUGUUUUUGAUAGUAAUUCAGUAAUCUUUCGUUAAUCAUUCAAUCAAAAAGUUGUAUUAACUGUAUUUUAUCACCGAGUUAACGGCAUUUUAUAUCUCAAAGCUGAUGCUGAAUUUGAAGUGAUUAUUUUAUAAUUGAUCGAAGAGGAAAAUCACGCCAUCCCCAGAUAGGAAUAAGAGACGAUUACUUCAUGCAUUGAAUUUAUACUGUAGUUAACCAUUAAAAUGAAAUUAUAUAAAGAAAAACUUUUAAGUGAAUUACAACUAAAACGUUUAGGAGAACAUCAGUAUUCUUGUACAAGUUGUAGCUAUUUGGACAAAUUUUUGCAGCCCUACUGGAAUUGGUUGGUCUUAAAAGUUCCCUUAUGGCUUGCUCCUAACCUCAUUACUAUAUUAGGACUUAUUUUGAAUAUUGUUACCUCACUUAUUCUAGUUUGGUAUUCUCCUAAUGCUAAAGAUGGAGUACCUCGAUGGGCAUGUGCUUUAUGUGCAAUAGGUUUAUUUGCAUAUCAGAGCUUGGAUGCUAUAGAUGGAAAACAAGCUAGACGAACUGGUACGGCAAAUCCAUUGGGUGAACUCUUUGAUCAUGGGUGUGAUUCAAUUUCUACAGUAUUUGUUGCUUUAUCAGCUUGUAUAGCUGUACAGUUGGGAAAUCACCCUGGUUGGAUGUUUUUUCAGUGUUUUUGUGCCAUUACACUAUUUUAUUGUGCGCAUUGGCAGACCUAUGUAUCCGGAACUUUAAGAUUUGGUAGAGUCGAUGUGACUGAAGCACAAGUGACAAUAAUGUUGAUAUUAGCUAUUUCAGCUAUUUUUGGACCUGAAAUUUGGUCUACCAAGUUUUUUAGUGACAGCAUUUGUUUAUGGUAUUUCAUACCACUGUGUACCAUAUCAUGUGGUUCAGUGGUCUUAUACGAGAGCAUAAUUAUUAUAUUUACUGGAGGUGUAGGCAAGAACGGAUCAACAGUGGCAGUUGCUGGCUUUAGUUUUAGAUGGUCACAUGUAAUAUCUUGCGUCUUCUAUCUGGGAUAUGUUCAAGUAUUUUUAGCGUUUUGUCGCAACGUUGCAAAAGGAGGAUGUGGAAAGAACGGUUCUACCAUAGCAAUACCUGGGACUGUAAUGGAAAUCAAGACAUUUUUGAUGGUAACUGCAUGUGCCAUAGCAGCAUUUCUCGCCCAAGCUAAUAUAUCGGUUAUUUUCACUGGAGGAAUUGGUAAAAAUGGAUCUUCUGUUGCAGGAACUAGUGUUUUAUCUCCAAUUAUACCAUUCUCAAUGAUACUAGUGCCAGCAUUCAUAAUAUACCAAAAGUCAACAGAACACGUUUACGAAAACCAUCCGGCAUUGUAUAUCCUUGCUUUUGGGCUAGUAGCAGCAAAAAUCACGAACCGCUUAGUAGUCGCUCAUAUGACAAAGAGUGAAAUGGAUUAUACAGAUCUAUCAUUAUUAGGGCCAGCCAUGUUGUUUAUGAACCAGUAUUUCAACACCUACAUCACCGAACAAUACGUAUUGUGGCUGUGCUUGGUUUGGGUGUCUCUUGAUCUGUUGAGAUACUGUUUUCAGAUAUGCACCGAAAUAUGCGAUUAUCUUCAUGUUGAAUUAUUCAGAAUACCUCAUCCUGGUAACACGAAAUCUGUUACUUCCACUUCGGGAAAUACUGAAAAAAAUGGGAAAAAGGAUAAAAAAAAUGACAUGCAAAGUGAAGAAUCUCCAAUGAUCACUUUCGAAGAUGUUACUAAAAAGGAGUCUUAUUUGAAAGAAUAAUUGCAGUGUACAUUUUUUUUUUGUAAUAUUUAAUGUUGUUUCAUUGUUUUUACUUGUGUAUCCAAUACAAAGUGCUGUUUCUUUUUA